AUGCACGCUUCCACUAUCCUCUACAGCCUCGUCCUCCUGCAGGGCGCCAUGGCGUCUCCGAUUAGUGACUCGACCGUAGGUGUUGAGACUCGAGACAUCGAACCUAGGGCUCCGGCUCUUGGGGACUUCCCCUUCCCGAAACUCCCAGCUGUUAAGCGCAAAGGUCAGGGGGGAGGCAGUGAUUGCCCGACACAGACAAACCUCUGCUCUUCAGGAACCCCAUAUUGCUGCACCACCGAUGGCAAUGGCGUUCAAACCUGCUCGAACUCAGAGGUUUGCACCUCAAGGGUCAUUUGCUGCAACAAUAACGGCGGUUACCAAAUUUGCAUUGGUGAUAUCGACUUCAACAUGCCCGUCACCAUCAACAUCAACAUCAACAAGGGGAACAUCAAGGGGGGAAAGUAA